GCACUGACUGGCAGCACUGAUAGGUGGCACUGACUGGCACUGAUGGGUGACAAUGAAAGGCAGUUCAGAUGGGCACUAAUAUGUGGCAUUGAUGUGGCACUGAUGUGGCAUUGAUGGGCACAGAAAUGUGGCACUGAUGGGCACUGGCAGGUGGCAUGGAUGAGCACUUACAGCUGGCACUGAUGGACACUGACAGGUGGCACUGCUGGGGCUGCACAGAUCAUCAGGGCACACUGAUCAUCAGUGCUCUGAUGAUCUCUCGUGAGGAGAGAAAUGCCGAUAACUGGCAUUUCCCUGUUUACAUGUGAUCAGCUGUGAUUGGACACAGCUGAUCACAUGACC